AUGACGGCGGCGGCGCUUUCUUGCCCUCCUCCCCCUCCACCCUCUCUUCUCCCGCAUGUAACACCGGCCUACCAGCGCUUCGUCUCCAUCGCCGGGGAGCUACCUACCCACACAUCGACGUCGACGGCUGCGGCGGCCGCCCGCGUCUCUGCAGUGUUACUGACGAAGUGUCGGAUUCUUCAGUUAUCUGUCUUCCUAUCGACACCAUUGCCGAAGACAAAAGCAGGCUCAUCUAGGUGCCCAAGAUCGUCCAAAACGCAGUUGAAGACUGCUACCAGCAUGGAUGAGCUGAAUCUUCCCAAUUUGCCUGUUUGGAAGCUGACCAUUUCUGAUGACAAUCGUCCUGAUCUGGAGCAAAGUGUGAAAGCAAAGGAAGCAAGGGCUACUGCGGCGACACCUCAUUUUAUUAAAGCGAAGCAAGGCUCAUCGGAAGACGGUCUGUCUUUGCCUUUUAGCUUCUCAAUUCAGAAGAGCGGGAUAGCACUGCCUAGUCCAUGCCUGAAGACAGCAUUGCGAGGCAAACAACAUGUGUUCUCUCCAAUAUCAGAGGGCUCAAGCAAGGACGGUGUUCUCAGUGCUGGAGCAGCUGAGAGUGACAACAAGCCUUCUGCAGCCUCUGAUGACAUGUUGUCUGAUGAAAAGGAUCUGGCAUCAAGGUAUCCAGACAUGUAUGGGUUUAAUCUACCCGCUGGAGAUAUACGCCGAAGGAGAGAAGCUGAUGAGGCUCUUGACUGGUUUUUGUCACCCCUCAAGACCUGUGUGUUAAUGGAUCCCAGUCCAACAGAUGACAAGCCUAUUCCAGUUCAAGCAAAGGAUACUCCUUGGAAAGGUCUGGAAAGCAAUAAAAUGAAGGGGAGACAGGAACUUUCAGAUCACAAUUCCAUCCAAACUUCAGCGGUGCAUAGGAAGGUCUUGCUUGGUACUCCCCGGAAAGGCUUGGAAAGUAAUAACCUGAAGGGAAGCCUGGAUCUUCCAGAUGACAAUCCCAUCCAAACUCCAGCGGUGCAUAGCAAGGCCUUGCUUGGUACUCCCUGGAAAGGCUUGGAAAGCACUAACCUGAAGGGAAGGCAUGCUGGUGAAACCACACUCAAGAAGGAACUCUGGACCAGAUUUGAGGCGGUCUCGACCAACGAUCUGCACUUUGAUAAGUCAGUCUUUCAGAAGUCAGAUGGAAGGCGUUUCAUCGACAUGCUUGAGGAGGAAUCAUGAUUGCAGAGACUGGAACUGUGGUACUGGCCGUUGAUAUCCAAUCCUUUUGUCUAUAAUGGUACAUCUUGUAUGAGCGGCCAAAGCCAAACCUCAGUGAUCAAUGUAUCAGGAACGGGUUCCAAGUGUCACCAAGCCUUAUGUUCCAAAGUUGAGACUGGCCGUGCCUUUCUGCAGAAAUGCAUUUUGUAUUUAUUCUUCAUUUUCUGAUGUCAAAGUGCCACACUCCUGCCAGAUUUUUCAGUGAAC